UGCUAAAGGAAAGAAUGGUGGAAGAGGAUAUGUAUGUGUUGGCUCAAAUGAGUCUGUGUUAUCUGCAGCAUCGACCAAACGUUACGUGCAUAAGUCCCCAAGUGUUUUGAUUGUGCUCCUUUGUUUUUAAAGGUAAAAUUGGUCCUAUUCGUAAUUCCAGUGGUGCUUUAAGCAGCAUGCAAAAUGUCAAGAUGUCUGCAAAAGCGGGUGGUCCUGCUUCAAACGGUGACAUUGAGCCAUUAAGGCGGUGCGUCAUAUUGGAUAUUGAAGGAACCACAACGCCCAUAUCAUUUGUUACAGAUGUUCUUUUUCCUUAUGCGCGUGAUAAUGUGGGGAGACAUUUGGAUGCAACAUAUGAUUCAGCAGAAACCCAGGAGGAUAUUAAGCUACUAAGAGCUCAAGUACAAGAAGACUUGGAAAAUGGUGUUGCCGGUGCUAUGCCUGUCCCUUCUAAUGAUGCUGGGAAGGACGAGGUAAUUUCAGCUUUAGUAACCAAUGUUGAGGCAAUGAUUAAAGCUGACCGAAAAAUUACCGCCUUAAAGGAGUUACAGGGCCAUAUAUGGCAAACGGGGUUCCAAAAUAACGAGUUAGAGGGGGUUGUUUUCGAUGAUGUGCCUGAAGCUCUUGAGAGAUGGGCUGCUUCAGGCAUCAAGGUGUAUAUAUACUCAAGUGGCAGCAGAUUGGCACAGAGGCUUUUGUUUGGUUACACAAACUAUGGGGACCUAAGAAAAUAUCUCUGUGGCUUUUUUGAUACUACAUUAGGGAAUAAGAAAGAAACUAAAAGCUACCAUGAAAUUACAGCAUCCUUGGGGGUAGAUCAUCCAUCCGAGAUUUUGUUCGUGACUGACGUCUAUCAAGAAGCCAUAGCUGCAAAGGCAGCAGGUUUGGAAGUGAUAAUAUCCGUCAGGCCAGGGAAUGGACCUCUUCCAGAUAAUCAUGGAUUCAGGACAGUCAAGUCCUUUCCAGAGAUCUAAAGAUGGAAUAUGUUGCUGUGAGGCAUUUUUCCCAUCUCCCUCCCCCUGUAUGAUAGUAAUUAAUUGUAAAAAAGAAAUAACAGUUUACCUCAAGUGCAUAAUUUUAUAUAUUUCUACUCUUAUAUUACC